AUGCACGGCUCAUAUAGAGGUGAUUAUUACACUACCUUGAAUUGCAGGAAGUUAGAAGAUCGUUUAUUGAGAAACGGAUACACCUAUAAUGGGAGACCAAAGAGGCCUGUUUCACGCAUUAACUCAUACAUUAAUUCCUAUUCCUCUGACUCCGACGAGUCGCCGUACAAGGAUCACCUGGCUGAUAUUACCCUAAAUUAUCACUCCUCACCUCAAAGCCAAUCUUCAAUUAACUGCACGCCCGUUGCUGUACAAAUCCAUAACCAGUCACCUCAAAAUGAUAGUGUUAACAGUGUCAAUAAAGGGGUUUGUAAUAAUAACUCUAAUGAUUCUGAACAUCAUAAAGGAAAGGGAUUAACAGGUUAUAACUUGACGCCAAGGCCUAACAGAUACCGUAAACCCCAAAAGGGAAAGUCUGUUAAAAGGGAACAUAAUAAUUCAGAAGCUUUAAGUUAUAAUGACUUUGAAGUGAGCACACCCGAUGUUACAAAGCGUGAAGUGAAGGACGCAAAGUACACUUAUUCCGAUCAGAACAUUGACAGUUCAUACACUUCGUACGUUGAUAGUCUGUUCGGAGUUGAGCCGUACAAAUACGUCCAUGAACACCAGCCUUUGAAGCUCUUCUGGCUGGAAAACACCGAACUCAGCGGCCUUAUGAUGAUCCCAUCACUGACCUCGCUCAGCAGUGAGUUUUCAAAUGCAGAAAAGCUUUACAUGGUUUUCACCGACUAUAGCAUUGAUAUAAUUCAAGAAGUUUCACAUUUGAAGAUGAUAAAUGCUCGAGAUGGGUACACACCGUUCGUUGUGAUAUAUUCAUAUAACCUGAGGAGCAUGUACUUUAAGGUGGUGAAGCGCACAAUGCCAGAGGUGAACAUGGUCUCCUUCAACAAGGGCUCCACCGACCUGAACGACUGCCUAUCGUUCUGCUCAAACUCAGAGUUAUCGGCCUUCUCAGAGGAACAAGACUCGACAUACGAGUUCUACAGGAGUUACCUGUACGGAAAAGACGAAGGCUCGGACCCCAACCGAGUGCGUGUAAUCGUACAUCCCUCCAACAAAACACAUUUCGAUCUACGCUAUCUCUCAAUUAAUCCAAACAGUCAUAGAGAAGGUUCAGUUGAUAAUGCUAAGAAUCAAACUGUUAAAGCUGAGGAAGGUGUUGAUGACAGUGAUUUGGAAUCAUCAAAUUCUGAUUCUCCAUUCACUAACACGUUCCAAAACGGCUCUCAGUUCAACUUGCCGGAUGACUUGUUUGACGAGUGCAAGUUACUGGUGGGAGUGGAGGUAUCAAACAAGGGCUCAAGUUGCUCCGAUUCCGUAGCUAACUACAGAUCGGAGUCUGUAAUUAAGAGAAACUACACAGUUUAUGUGCCGGAAUCAAAUGUCCAAAUCUCAGAAACAGAUAAUAAUGAGAAUAAGGGAGUUGAACAAUUGAGUAAAGAGUUUUUGCUGAAUUUGGUUAAAGUGAGGGAUGAAGGGAAUGUGUUGUAUAGGUCAGGUGAUGUUGCUUUGACUGAAGGCCAAGUGUUAAAGAUUGAGUUUCCGACAAUUUACACUAAGCAUUUUGAGUACGAUUACGUAACCCUUUACUCAGACAGCACUCUGAAGUCAUGUUUUAACUUCAUUAAGUCGCUUUUGCCAGAAGAUUGCCUCAACAUUAACAUUAAUAAGCUGGCGCAGUUUUGUCCCAACAUUUUCUGGAACUUGGCGCUAGCAGGAGACAUUGAAACUUCGAUAAUCGAGCUAGACCCUGAGAUGGUCAAGUCACUCUACAGGCGAAAGAGGUCAAGCAACGUGGACUCUGAGUCGUUUAGGAACGGAAAGGUCAAAGUAUCGUCAAACUCGCUAAGUUACCUCGACAACAACUUCAUCAUCAUGCAAAACCUCUUCCAAAGAGACGCUGAGGAGAAGAUCAAAAAAUUGAACGAAAUUGAAAGGAAAAACGAGGGCAAAAUGACCAGAGUUGUUAUAAACAAACAUGCUGAAGAUGACGAUCUCAUCAAAUUACUCAUUGAUGAUAAUGGAUUCACAAGGAAAAGUAUGCAAGUAUUGACUGAGAAACAGAAGAAUACAGUGUAUAAUGAAUGCAUGAAAAGGAACUUUUACGUCCCAGUCCACAUAAAGUUUAAUCCUCAGAAAGGUAGAGGAGUUUACGCAGCAUAUAAAAUACAAAAAGAAGAUUUUCUCAUGGAGUAUAAAGGAGAGUUGAUAACUGAGAAAGUCGCCAAUUUCAGGAAUAAUAAGUACAAUAAGUCAAAAAAAUAUAAGGGAUCAUUUAUAUUCUUUUUUAAGCAUAACGGUACCAGGUAUGGUAUUGAUGCGACAGAAGAGGAUAUAAGCUUCGGACCUGCUAGGCUAGUAAACCACUCUAGGAAAAACGCAAACAUUGUCCCGAAAACUUUACUAAGCAAUAACUACCCUAGGCUCAUAUUCAUUGCGAAACGGGACAUCGAGUGCGGCGAGGAGUUACUUGUAGAUUACGGAGAACGAGAUCCAAGCGUCAUUAAGGAUAACCCAUGGCUCUUGGAUUAA